AUGAAGCUCACGCUCCUCGUCGCGGCUCUGCCUGCUGCUUCUACUGCGCUUCCCACCUGGCCUUGGACCAAACCCCACAGCAAGCCGCUCAAGUACCCCGGCCUCGACGUCCUCGCCAAACGCGCCGGCCUGCUCUACUUCGGCACCGCAAUCGACAACGUCGUCCUCGACAACAAGCAGUACAUCUCCAUCGCGCGCAACCGCUCCGAAUUCGGCCAGGUCACCCCCGCCAACGGCCAGAAAUGGAUGUACAUCGAGCCCACGCAGGGCGUCUUCAACUACACGCUCGGCGACCAGAUCACCGUGCCGGCUACUAGGGCCGGCCAGCUAAAGCGCUGCCACAACUUCGUGUGGCACAACCAGCUGCCUGAGUGGCUGACUUCUGCAAAUUGGACGAAGCCAGCGUUAGUGAAGGUCUUGGAGAACCACAUCAAGCACGAGGCGAGGCAUUACUAUAAUGACUGCUAUGCGUGGGAUGUAGUCAACGAGGCGUUCGACGAUGACGCGGCAGCGAGUUUGAGGAAGGAUAUCUGGCUCGAUACUAUUGGCGCGGAGUACAUCGAGCUGGCGUUUAAGUUUGCGCGGAAGUAUACCCGGCCGGGGACGAAGUUGUAUUACAACGACUAUGCGAUUGAGAGUGUGAAUAAUAAGAGUAGUAAGGUUGCUGCGAUGGUCAAGGACUUUAAGAAACGCGGUGUACCCAUUGAUGGGGUGGGACUGCAAGCGCAUUACACCGUUGGGCGCGCCCCGAGCUACGACGCUCAGAUGGCUGCGCAUAAGCUGUUUAGCAGGCUUGGCGUGGAGACCGCGCUCACGGAGCUAGAUGUGAGGCUUCAGCUUCCUGACAAUUCGACGGCGCAGGCGCUCCAGGCGCAGGUUUACGCGGACUCGACUAAGGCGUGCCUCGAUGCGGACGACUGCGUCGGUGUCACUGUGUGGGACUUCUGGGACCCUGUAAGCUGGGUGCCGGAUACCUUCCCGGGCUACGGAAACGCCGAUAUCUGGGAUGCAAACUUCACGAAGAAGCCAGCGUACUACGCCAUUUCGGAUCUGCUCAGGUCGUAUGACUGA